GCCCCAUGAUGGCGUGCAUGUCGCGCGUUUGGCAGCGGGGCUGCGUGUUUGCCGCGCGGCUCCAGAGGCAGGACUAUGCGUCCAGGUUGGCGGGUGUUUCACUCAGAUACUACAGCACCAAGACGGCUCCGCACAUACCGGGGAUGGAGUACCAGGAUGCCGUAUGCACUCUGAACACACUGCAGACCAAUGCUAGCGCUCUGGAACAGGUUCGACGAGAGCGGAGCAACCCUCAGCUUCAGCUUCAGGCCAUGAAAGGAUUCCUGGAGCGAUCUGGUCUCACUGUGGACGAACUGGACCAUCUCAAUAUCAUUCAUGUGACAGGAACAAAGGGCAAGGGAUCAACAUGUGCAUUCACUGAGCAGAUUUUGAGAAGCUAUGGUUUCCGCACAGGAUUUUACAGUUCUCCACAUUUAGUUCAGGUCAGGGAGAGGAUCCGGAUUAAUGGACAACCCAUUGGAAAAGAACUCUUCACUAAAUACUUCUGGCAGGUGUAUGGACGGCUGGAUGAAACAAAGGAUGCCCACGGAGGAACGAUGCCAGCCUACUUCCGCUUUCUCACCAUCUUGGCAUUUCACGUGUUUCUUCAGGAGAAGGUGGAUUUGGCUGUGAUUGAAGUUGGGAUCGGUGGAGCGUAUGACUGCACAAACAUUAUAAGGAGGCCGUGGGUGUGUGGUAUCUCCUCUCUGGGUAUAGACCACACUCAGAUUCUCGGAGACACCAUUGAAAAGAUCGCCUGGCAGAAAGGAGGCAUCUUCAAGCCUGGAGUCCCUGCUUUCACAGUCAAACAGCCAGAGGACGCCAUGGCUGUGCUUAAGGACAGGGCCAAAGAGAUAAAAUGUCCUCUGUGGGUGUGCCCAUCCAUGGAGGACUACCAGGCAGACUGUGGGCCCCUGCGUCUAGGUCUGGCAGGGCAGCACCAGCACUCCAACGCCUCCCUGGCCCUCCAGCUGAGUCACACAUGGCUGCAGAGGAGAUGUCUACCAGGUAAAACCUUCUCCUUCACACCACAUGAGAACACAGCAGGACUUCAGGCCACUGCCUUCAAGCCGAGCCCCAUCAUGGUCAAAGGGUUGGCUGACACAGAAUGGCCUGGAAGGAAUCAGACUCUGAAACACGGAGCAGUCACCUACUUCUUGGAUGGAGCUCACACCAUGCGCAGUAUGUUGGCCUGUGUGCAGUGGUUCCGAGAAAUCGCAGCCCAGCAUGAAAGAAAUGCAAGUGGACCUGUGGCCAGAGUCCUACUGUUCAAUGCCACAGGAGAGAGGGACUCAGCAGCCAUGCUCAAACUACUGGUGCCAUGUCAUUUUGACUUUGCUGUGUUCUGCCCCAACAUCACUGAGGCCAUUGCAUCUUGUAAUGCAGACCAGCAGAACUUUAAUGUCUCUGUGGAGAACAUGUUGACUCGCUGCCUGGACAACGAGCACAGCUGGCGUCUUCACAACAGCAUGCAGGACAAGGCCGGUUCCCAGCUGCUCAUCGAGGGCACACUACCUCUAGUCCCUGAGAAGAAAACAGACACUCUGGUUUUCCCCUGCAUCCUCAGCGCCCUCCAGUGGAUCACCCAGGGAAGGGAUUCGGUGCUGGCAGACCCAGCGAAGACAGUAUUACCAGUGAAAGCCAGCAUCAUGGCCAAAGCUGCGCCACUCUGCGACGCAGCUGAGAUCCAUGUCCUCAUCACAGGAAGCCUCCACCUGGUGGGAGGGGCACUCAAACACCUGGACCCUGCCUCCUCUAAGUAGACAGUCAUGAUUGUGAAAUGAGUAGAUUCAGGCUCGUAAAUAAAAAUGUGUGGGGGGCUUUCUUUGCAUUAAGAUUUUCCUUUCGGGGAAGAUAUUUCUGUUUUUAUAGGUGGGAUAUUUGUGGAACUAAACUUUGGACAGUGAUGUUGAUCCUCACAGAGGAAUUCUAGGCAGGUGUUGUUGUCUUGGUAGCUUCUCAGUAGUGGGUUAUGUUAGGUGUCAACUAGAUUGGACCAAGGCAGCUCCAGGCCUCCAGUGGCCACAGCUUCACCCAGAGCCUUACAGACGAACACAAAUGUGUUGUGUACGUAUCUUCAGUCUUACUUGAAACCAAAAGUGUUUACAUGAACUGCAGCGGGUACAUUCAUGAACACAUGAGCUGAGGUGGCUGAAUCGGAUUACUGUGCCAUCUAUGAACCAGGAUGGUGCAAUGGUUAUUUACAUUUAUAUGAAAACUGAAACGCAGAGUUACUAUAUGUACUAUGUGGAGUUAUGAACCUGCUUUGGGUUAACUUUU